AUGAUUCCUAUAGAAAAUUUAGGAUUUUUAAAUACUAAAAAAAUUUGGGUUGCUAGCGUCAAAGAACAAUUCGAUUAUUGCUAUCAAUAUAAUCUUGCUCACGUGUGGGCAUAUUUGUAUACAGAAUGUACUAUGGCUAUCAAAAGCCAUUGGUGGGUUUUAAAGCACGAUUUUUUUUCAAACUUUAAUAAUGCACGGCUAGACUUGAUUAUUUAUAUUAUUGUUUCUAAAGUUAUUCCUUGUCAAGCUGACCGAUUGCAAUUAUUACAUGAUGGACGGUGUAUGCCAAAGUGGCGUGAAGAAUUCUUGGUUGAAUGGAAAAAACUAUCAAAUAAAAUAAUUACUAAUAAUCCUAAUCGUAUUACAGAUCCUUCACGUUGGAUUUGCUCAUGUCCAAGUUUUCUUCUAAACCAGUUUUAUAUUUGUAAGCACUUAAUGCAAAUACGUAAUCCUGUAGAAUUUGGAUUUUUUAAGAAA